AUGGAGUGUGAUGUGCGCCGAAUUAGUCAACAAGAUAUGAAAAUAUACAUUCGAUUCAAUUUCACUGAACCAAUGAAUACCAUUUGGAUCCAUGGGAUCUUUUACUACAAGUACAUUUCGUAUCAGAAGUUUCCGAUUGAUUUGUGGGAAGAUUAUUGUGCAUGGGUACGAGGCGAAAAGCCUACUUAUUUUCUCAAAUGGACCGCUGAAAAUGUACGAAACUAUUCAAAUAUGAACCAUCCAUGCCCGUAUUCUGGUACCGCUUGGAUUGAUGUAAAACGAAUGCCCUUAAAUCGUCUCAUCGUAUUGGAUCAAUUGAUGCCAUCGGGUCGAUAUCGAGUUGACCUUAAUCUCACUAGAGGAUACAAAGAUCAAGCAUUGAUUAUGACUAGAUUCUACUUCGGCAUUUCAGAUACUCGUGUUGAACAAUUUUAA